AUGAAACCUAACAGCAAGUCCUGUGAGCUCCAUUGCGCCCGGCAGGCUCGGCGACAAAGGAGCGCGGGGCAGGCGCGCGGGAGUGCGCGGGGAGGCGCGGGGAGGCGCGGGGAGGCGCGGGGAGGCGCGGCGGGCCGGGAGCCGGGACUCCGCGACGCUCCGCGCCGGGACCCCGCCUGGUUGAAGCCUCUCCGGGCGAGCGGGGGAGGGAGAAGAUCAGGACCUUUUGGAAACACCGCUCCAAUAGUUUCCACCGCUUUUUGGAGGAGGAGGGAGGGGGAAGACCCACAGGAACCGCAGUUCGAGAGUGAGCAGGCAGCAUUUCCUGACCCUUUGAAGGAAGAGCUGUGCCAUUUCCUUGGGCAACUUGAGGACAAAAAGGACCUCUCAGAGCACGCUUGCCCAAAAGGUGUGGGAGCAUUUCUCCCGAUUGGAUCAGUUCAAGAAAUGGAACAGGCUUGCCCUCACACUAGCAGGGACUCAACAACUUCUGAAAAUUGUCUACCCUCGGAGAUCUUAAGGGGGCUGGCAAAUAAUGGGAAGCAAGUAAAGAGUAGUGGGCAUUUUGUAUAUUUACAAAAAAAUGUGUAUUUGACUGAAAGACUCGAAGAGACUUUUUUAAAGUCCUUGGCCCUGGGCGAUAAUACUUCAUUGUCUAUCUCUCUGUGCCUGGCUCUCCACAAGCUAAUAUUGGGAAGAGGUUACUCCCGAGUGUAUUUUGUUGCAGGGCUCCUGCAGUUUCUUUGGAUGAGUGUGUACUUGCCUUCAGAGAGCUUGGAGCCUCUGACAGCAUCACGGAAACCUGCCUGUGGAGUCCCAGGGGUCUCCAUUCAUCCAGCCCUUCUUCUUCUUCCUUUACCUUGGACUUUCUCGCUUCCGAAGCUUCGAUAG